ACGCUCGAAAUGCCUAUAAGCAACCGCCAAGCAGCUGCUGGAACUCACAUAGUUUGACCUGAACUAUAUACAACAUGAGUGACAUGGUUAUUCGCGAGGUUACGAAAGGAGUAUGGACAUUUUCUUGCCCUUUUGCACGUUUUGGUAUAAUGCCGAUAGGUGGAAGAACUACAGCCAUCCAGAUGAAGGCUGGUGGCGUGUGGGUCUUGGCUUCAACACCAUUGACAGAUGAAACAAAGUCUACUAUAGAUGCGCUGGGAAAAGUGAAGUUCAUUGUUGGGCCUGAUGCUGUUCAUUACCUCUUCCUUCCUCAAUUCAAGAAGGCAUACCCAGAUGCUAAGUUGAUAGCUGUUGCCGACGUUGCCAACAAACUCAGCGACAAGAGUCUUCGCUUUGACGGUCUCUGGGGACAAGAUCCUGCCGACACGAAAUAUGGGUUUGAAGACGAAAUCAAACAUUGCUACUUCUCUGGACAUAGCAAUAAGGAUGUUGCCUUCUUACAUACCGCUUCAAAGACGCUGAUCCAGGCCGAUCUACUGUUCAAUUUACCAGCUCGGGAACAAUAUUCCAAAUCUAGUUUAUCGAUUCCUUUCAAUUUCAGCCCAUCAUCCUGGCUACAUCAGAAGCUUGUUAGUUUCAUAGCUCUUGACAAGGGAGCUAUGAAGCGAGAUGCUACUACGGUAGCUUCUUGGGAUUUCAACAGGAUAAUUCCUUGUCAUGGAGAUGUUAUCGAAACGGACGGUAACAAAGCUUGGAGAGAAGCUUACAAGCAUUUCAUUGAUUGAUACAGUUAAUUCUCGCUAGAAACUAUUUCAGGUUGGAACACUGUAAAAGCUAUUUGAUCUUACGUCUCAAUAUCGCUGCUCCUUCAUUUGGUGUUUCACGAAAGUUGUUGAGAUUCGGGUUCUCUGCACUACAGAUCUAAGUCCAAGUAUAUUUAUAAUCAGCUUUAGAGAAAUGAUAACACAAUCCUAAGU